CCCUGGUGGCGCGGCGUGAGGGGCCGGGGCCGCCAUGGUGGCGCGGGCGCUGUGGGCGCUGCUGGCGGCGCUGCGGGCGGGCUGGUGCCUCCUGCCGCAGAGCGGGUACCUGCACCCCGACGAGUUCUUCCAGGCACCCGAGGUCAUGGCAGGAGAUAUUUUAAAUCUACAGGUCUAUUAUCCAUGGGAGUUCCUUUCCAACUCUCCUUGCAGAACAGUUGUUUUCCCAUUAAUGACAUCAGGAGUUACAUACUGGGUGAUCAAGUCUUUGCAGCAGUUGGACAUAUGUUCAAGUUGCAUCAACAGCUACACUCUCCUUGUAUCUCCUCGCCUGCUCUUUACAAUCUUUUCUUUCAUACUCGACUAUAGCGUUUAUCGACUGGCCCCUUUCUGGGGAGCAGAUCCGUGGAAAGCGCUGGUACUUCUUGCUGGAUCCCAUGUCACGCUGGUGUUUUAUACAAGAACGUUUACAAACACGCUCGAAGGACUUCUCUUUGCUCUUCUCAUGGUACUGGUUUCUUCAAGGAAGUCCAGUGGCUCAGCAGAGCCUACAAGCAGCUCUCUCAUAGGUGUCCUAACAACUGCUGGGUUUUUCAACAGGCCAACCUUUCUGGCAUUUGCUCUAAUGCCCCUGCUUUACUGGGCUGGUUUAAUUGUUGACUCUCAAAAGAGCAUUAAAACUCUCAUAAACGACUUCUUGAAGUUUAUCCUAUGUGCAUGUUUUACCGCUUUUGUUUUCAUAACUGCUGACACCUUCUAUUUUACCUCCGUGAGCUUAGACAACCUCUACAUAACCCCCUUCAAUUUUCUCAGCUAUAAUCUUAAUCCUCAUAAUCUUGCACUGCAUGGAAGUCACCCACGAGUUACACAUUUUACAGUCAAUGGAGUAAUGCUGUUUGGUAUCUUACAUAUUCUGGCCAUCGGUGCUGGCUUUAAAAUGCUAAAGAAAUAUGUCCAUCAGUUAAUGCUGGUCAGAUGGUGUUGCCGUGGGCUGCCUGGGCUCUUGGUGCAUUCUGAGGGCAGUCCAACGUUGCUGCUAUUUUAUUUUGUUCCUUUGGCAUUUCUCUCCCUGUUCAGCCACCAGGAGCCUCGGUUUCUCAUCCCUCUCAUCCUGCCGUUGGUCCUGUUCAGCGCGUCAGCGAACAGAGCUGUGAAAUGGAAGCCCCUCAUUGUUCUGUUCAACCUUCUGGGGGCACUUCUCUUCGGGUGCUUACACCAGGGAGGGCUCAUUCCCUGUUUGUUUCACUUGGAGCAGCUCAUCCGUUCUCCAGCGUCCUCAAGCCAUCCGCGGCACUACACUCUGCUCUUUGCACACACCUACAUGCCUCCAAGGUCUCUGCUCAAUAUCAAGAAGACAGAUGUGCAUGUGGAAGUCAUUGACAUGGCUGGGGCUGGAGAAGAAACCCUCUGCCAGACAGUAGAGCAGCGAGCAAGCAAUUUUACCUGCAGCGACUGUCACAUCUUUAUUAUAAUCCCUGGUACUGUCAGAGCCACAAUUACAAAAUGUGGUGUCUCAUUCAAGAACGAGACUUUGAUAUUUCCUCACUUAUCAAUGGAAGACCCACCACAAAUAUCUGUCCUAUCCAGUGGAAAUUGGAGGAGUCAGUUAGGACUUUACAUCCUUGAGCUAAACAGAUCAUCAGAGCCUUUAGAUUUUAGGAGAACAAAGUUCUAGUCUUUUACUUACUUUGGGAGCUGUCUGAUGAUGGUGUGAGACCUUCCUCUUUCAUACCCCCCCUUUCAGCAUCAGCAGUGGCACUGGGAGCUUUCCCACAUCUCUUUAUUCACAUUCCUCACACUGUUGGGGUAGCCAGUUCUGGACAGAACCUGCUUAAAAUUUGACUUACUCAGCCCUAUGGUAUUUUAUAUGAACUUUUUUACUUCUCCUGAUGAGAGAGGAUGAAAUCAGAGCCCGCCAAAACUGUGAUUGAAGCUUAGCUGUUUCCAUGGGAGAUUUAUUUUUGAAAGCUCUAAUAAUCUGACAGGGUCUGGGGACUGUGGGGUGUUUACUGAUAAUAGGCAUUAAGUCAGCUGCUGGAGAGAGGUUACAGGGUUAGACAAAAGCUGGUCUGACUCAGUAAUCUUUUAUUUUAUGUUCUUAAAAAUUCAUUAGACCAGACUGCAGUCAUCACUGCUUUGGGUGGGUCCGUCUUGAAAAAUCCCCAGCACUGAUCUGGCAGAAUCUGAUUUAGAACGUGGAGGAUGCUUCAGCCUAAGUGCUUGUGCUAAAUCCUAAAAUCCAAGCUUUGCCUGUUUAGCCUUCCUUGCCACAGUUCCAUCCUCGUGAACGGUACCCACGUACCGCGCCGGGCAGCUCGGGAGGGCGGCACCGCGAUGGCAUUAGGCGUGCGCGGUGUUCCGCGGCUGCAGCUCGGGCGCUCCUUCCCUGGCGCGCUCCCGCCGCUCGUCUCGCGGCUCUGUCACGACUGUCACCCCGGCAGAGCGCGCGGCAGGUCCUGCGGGAGCUGGAUCGAGGAGCUGCGCACAGAAAGCGGGUAACUGGGAGGGAUUUGAUCCUUCGUGCCACUGGACCAGAUGUAUCUCUGGAGGGGCUCAGCACAGGUCAGAGAUCCCGGUUGUGCUGCCGUGGAGGGAGGGCAGCCUCGAGGGAGGAGCCGCAGCCCCUGCGCCCCCUCCCCGCGCACUAAGUGCUCCCCGUUAAAUCAGCUCAGUGGGAAGGACAGCUCCUAUCCUGGCUUUCCACUGGAGAGCAGUCUCUUUAAACCGGACACCAACAACUGGGCUUCAGCUGACAAUGAUGUAUAUGCUCAAUAGCACAGCAUGAAUUACAGUAUUCGGUUUUGUCUUCGUGAACUCUUGGAUCCAAAACAUCCUGACUUGGCACAUGCAUUGGAGAUCAAGCCUCUCUCUCUGAAACAAACCUGACACUUGAAUUAUUUCUGCUCACAAAGGUGGUAAUGCUUUUGGCAGUUCUUCACCCACACAACCUUACAUAAGGUCUUAGGAGCCUUAAGUUUCUACAAAGACAAGAAUAAUACAGGUUGAUGCCAGGCUCUAAGGCGAAUCUAGGAAAAAUGAGUGUAUGAAUGAUUUGCCUGUAUUUUCCAACCUAUAGGUAUGACCUAGAUGUUUAGGGAACAUAGCUCUCGCUCUCUUGUAAAGCAUUUUGUCUUUUGUUGCCUAUAUGUUCAUCCCACAUCCUUCACUCUUCACUGCUGGCCUGCCUGUAAAUUAAAGGUUUGUGUUUGGGGGGAGGCAGGGGGAGAGAAGGUGCCUGUUUUUGUACUGGUGACUCAAAGUAGUGUGAGUAGUUGUGAAAGCAUUGUGACAGCAACUGUAUUUUCCAAGUUAAUUUUCUUUUUGCUGUCUUACACUGGGGUGACACAACCGUGUGCCACAGCUGGUACUCCAUGUCCUGCUUCCCAUUUUCAGCUUUCUUAAACAACUUAAAUCUUGAACACUAUUUUCAUGAAACCAAAUUCUGGCAGUCUGAGUGGGGUACAUCUUGAAACUCUUGGGGGAUGUAAUGGAGCACCAUUCCCAUGGGAUGGUGACUUCUCUACCACUGCACAGGUAACCUGCAGAGCCAGCAACAGAACCUGGACCACAAACACCAGCUCAGACUAACAAUAUACUGCUUUUGUCCUGCCAGCCAGACCUUUGAAUUUACACUGUAGAUGCAGUUUCUCCAUGCUGGAGGUUUAAUUUGACCAGCAAUGCAGGAAACUGUAUCUCAGACAAAGUACAAGGUUCUUCUCACCUGGGAUGAUAAAAGGAGAGGAAAUGAUCCUCCCCAGUUAACUGAGCCUCUACUCAGCUGGAUCAAACAGUGAAACAUGCUCUGAAGGAAGGUUAACUGCUGUAGUGUCACAGAUGUCAUCAGGUACAGUGUCUUUAGCAAACCUGCCCUAGGCAUUAUAUGUGCUGGAUGCAUCAUUCUCCAUUAUGUAGCUGUAUUUCCGUUUAUAUGCAGGGUGGCUCUCAUUUUUUCCCUAUAAACCCUUCUUGCUGCAAUAGACUUGAG